AUGAAGAUGUCUUCCUCUCAAGGAGGUCAGGGAUACUGUGACUUACAGGGGCACAACCUGAAUGAGGAUCACUCAGAAGCAGAUCAGGUCAUGAAGCGAGCUCUGGGACCGGCUCCAGGCUGGGGUCCGGCGCAGACUGGUGGCGGGGAUCCCGGUGGUCAUGGAUCUGGCGACACAGACAAGUGGUGGAUGUUCUGUGUGAUGUGGGUCUGGGGGCUAGAGGCCAGUGUGGCUGAGGAACAGAUAACCCCAAGCUCAUUAUAUAAAAGUUACUGUUAUAUUAAUGGAGCUUUCUUUCAUUUUGCAGCUGGUUUAAGCCCUGCUGAGAUUCAGCAGUUAUGGAAAGAAGUGACUGGAGUUCACAGUAUGGAAGACAAUGGCAUUAAACAUGGAGGGCUAGACCUCACUACCAACAACUCCUCCUCGACUACCUCCUCCACCACUUCCAAAGCAUCACCACCAAUAACUCAUCAUUCCAUAGUGAAUGGACAGUCUUCAGUCCUGAACGCAAGGAGAGACAGCUCGUCACAUGAGGAGACGGGGGCCUCUCACACUCUCUAUGGCCAUGGAGUUUGCAAAUGGCCAGGCUGUGAAAGCAUUUGUGAAGAUUUUGGACAGUUUUUAAAGCACCUUAACAAUGAGCACGCAUUGGAUGACCGAAGCACUGCCCAGUGUCGAGUGCAAAUGCAGGUGGUACAACAGUUAGAAAUACAGCUUUCUAAAGAACGCGAACGUCUUCAAGCAAUGAUGACCCACUUGCACAUGCGACCCUCAGAGCCCAAACCAUCUCCCAAACCUCUAAAUCUGGUGUCUAGUGUCACCAUGUCGAAGAACAUGUUGGAGACAUCCCCACAGAGCUUACCUCAAACCCCUACCACACCAACGGCCCCAGUCACCCCGAUUACCCAGGGACCCUCAGUAAUCACCCCAGCCAGUGUGCCCAAUGUGGGAGCCAUACGAAGGCGACAUUCAGACAAAUACAACAUUCCCAUGUCAUCAGAGAUUGCCCCAAACUAUGAAUUUUAUAAAAAUGCAGAUGUCAGACCUCCAUUUACUUAUGCAACUCUCAUAAGGCAGGCUAUCAUGGAGUCAUCUGACAGGCAGUUAACACUUAAUGAAAUUUACAGCUGGUUUACACGGACAUUUGCUUACUUCAGGCGUAAUGCAGCAACUUGGAAGAAUGCAGUACGUCAUAAUCUUAGCCUGCACAAAUGUUUUGUUCGAGUAGAAAAUGUUAAGGGAGCAGUGUGGACUGUGGAUGAAGUAGAAUACCAGAAGCGAAGGUCACAAAAGAUAACAGGCCCAACUUUAGUAAAAAAUAUACCUACCAGCUUAGGCUAUGGAGCAGCUCUUAAUGCCAGCUUGCAGGCUGCCUUGGCAGAGAGCAGUUUACCUUUGCUAAGUAACCCUGGACUGAUCAAUAAUGCAUCCAGUGGCCUUCUACAGGCUGUCCACGAAGACCUCAAUGGUUCCCUGGACCACAUCGACAGCAAUGGGAACAGCAGUCCAGGCUGCUCGCCUCAGCCACACAUUCCCCGUAUGUGGCACUUACAACGCAUUCUAGUUCCUCUUAAUAAAAAGAUCCUACCAGAGGUGCCUGUGUCUGUGGCCAUGAUGACCCCCCAGGUGAUCACCCCUCAGCAGAUGCAGCAGAUCCUCCAGCAGCAGGUCCUGUCUCCUCAGCAGCUCCAAGCCCUCCUCCAGCAGCAGCAGGCCGUCAUGCUGCAGCAGCAGCAGCAGCAGCAGCAGUUGGCAGCCCAGCAGCUUGUCUUCCAGCAGCAGCUUCUCCAGAUGCAGCAACUGCAGCAGCAGCAACACCUGCUCAGCCUCCAGCGUCAGGGACUCAUCUCCAUCCCUCCUGGCCAGGCGACACUUCCUGUCCAAUCGUUGCCUCAAG